AGGUGAACGGCCUGGAGUAACCCCGGACGCGCGCCUACCUCUUGGGGCUGGGCGGCUGAGGUGGGCGGCCGGGCGGGGGCGGGCCGGGGGCGGGGCAGGCCGUCGUAGCCCCUCCCUCCUCGGCCCGGGUGCCCGGCCGGCCUGCCGAGCGCCUGUCAGCCAUCGCGGAGCUGCCGGCGUCGCCUCCCGCCCAGCACGCUUCGGCACAGGGCUCCGCGACCCUCGGUCGGUGCGUGCCGCCAGCCUGAGUUCCUUUUGGAGGUGGAUAUCUGCUGAAACAAUAAGAAUUAUAAGAGCUGUAAGAGCUUAUUUUCAAAGAAUAAUGGAUGAACCAUCUCCGUUGACCAAAGCUCUAGAGCUGAACCAGCAUUCCCGUUUCAUAAUUGGGUCUGUGUCUGAAGACAACUCGGAAGAUGAGAUCAGUAACCUGGUGAAGCUGGACCUACUAGAGGAGAAAGAAGGCUCUCUGUCACCAGCUUCUGUCAGCUCAGAUACGCUUUCCGACUUGGGGAUCUCUGCUUUACAGGAUGGUUUGGCCUUUCACAUGAGAUCCAGCAUGUCUGGCUUGCACCUAGUAAAACAAGGUCGAGACAGAAAGAAAAUAGACUCUCAGCGAGAUUUCACUGUGGCUUCUCCAGCAGAAUUUGUUACUCGUUUUGGGGGAAAUAAAGUGAUUGAGAAGGUUCUUAUUGCCAAUAAUGGUAUUGCCGCAGUGAAAUGCAUGAGAUCUAUUCGUCGGUGGUCUUAUGAAAUGUUUCGAAAUGAACGUGCAAUUCGAUUUGUCGUCAUGGUUACACCUGAAGACCUUAAAGCCAAUGCAGGAUACAUUAAAAUGGUAGAUCCCGUGCCUGGAGGACCAAACAACAACAAUUAUGCAAAUGUGGAAUUAAUUCUUGACAUUGCUAAAAGGAUCCCUGUACAAGCAGUGUGGGCUGGCUGGGGUCAUGCCUCUGAGAACCCCAAGCUUCCAGAGCUUCUCUUAAAAAAUGGCAUCGCUUUCAUGGGCCCUCCAAGCCAGGCUAUGUGGGCUUUGGGAGAUAAGAUUGCAUCGUCUAUAGUGGCUCAAACUGCAGGCAUCCCAACUCUUCCCUGGAGUGGCAGCGGUCUUCGUGUGGAUUGGCAAGAAAAUGAUUUUUCGAAGCGCAUCUUAAAUGUUCCACAGGAUCUGUAUGAGAAAGGCUAUGUGAAGGAUGUGGAUGAUGGACUGAGGGCAGCUGAAGAAGUUGGUUAUCCAGUAAUGAUCAAGGCCUCAGAAGGAGGAGGAGGAAAGGGAAUCAGAAAAGUUAACAAUGCAGAUGACUUCCCUAACCUCUUCAGACAGGUUCAAGCUGAAGUACCUGGAUCACCUAUAUUUGUAAUGAGACUAGCAAAACAAUCUCGUCAUCUGGAGGUCCAGAUUCUAGCAGAUCAGUACGGCAAUGCCAUUUCUUUGUUUGGCCGUGACUGCUCUGUACAGCGCAGACAUCAGAAGAUCAUUGAAGAAGCUCCUGCUGCUAUUGCUACCCCAGCAGUAUUUGAACAUAUGGAACAGUGUGCCGUAAAACUUGCCAAAAUGGUUGGUUAUGUGAGUGCUGGUACUGUGGAAUACUUAUAUAGCCAGGAUGGAAGCUUCUACUUUUUGGAACUGAACCCACGGCUGCAGGUUGAACAUCCUUGUACAGAGAUGGUGGCCGAUGUCAAUCUUCCUGCAGCACAGCUUCAGAUUGCCAUGGGGAUCCCUCUAUUUAGGAUCAAAGAUAUUCGUAUGAUGUACGGUGUAUCUCCUUGGGGUGAUGCUCCCAUUGAUUUUGAAAAUUCUGCUCAUGUUCCUUGCCCAAGGGGCCAUGUAAUUGCUGCUCGGAUCACCAGUGAAAACCCAGAUGAGGGGUUUAAGCCCAGCUCGGGAACAGUUCAGGAACUUAAUUUUCGAAGCAAUAAGAACGUUUGGGGUUAUUUCAGUGUUGCUGCUGCUGGGGGACUUCAUGAGUUUGCUGACUCCCAGUUCGGUCACUGCUUUUCCUGGGGAGAAAAUAGAGAAGAAGCAAUUUCGUGAGUAUACUAGCAUUUG